UAAGACAACAAGGGACUGUUAAGUUUAAAAUAUGGAGAGAUUAACGAAAUUUACCGGGAAAAGAGAUAGAGAGAUUAUGACGCACACGCGCGAGUGAGGAGCGUGGUGCUAACGAAAACACUGAUUUCUACUGCUGCGACUACUUAACUCUUACAAGCCCUCAUUUUCUCUUCUGUCUUCUCUCUCUCUCUCGUUCUCGCUCUCGCUCCAAUGCGCAAGACACCGACGAGAAGAAACACCGUCGCUUCAUUCUCCAAUCUACAAUAAUGGGAAAAGCUUCACGGUGGUUUAGGAUUCUUUUCGGACUUAAGAAACCCGACCCGGGUUAUCCGGAUCCAUCCGUCGAGACGCCUUCUCGCUCUUAUCCAAAACGCCGAUGGAGCUUCGUCAAAUCCAAACGCGAAAGCGGAAUCGCACCGCCGAAUCAGCCUCCUCCUCCUCCUCCUUCGCUACCGAACUCAACGCCUCCGCCGCGGUCGCACUACCAAUCGUCACCGUCGUCUCACGGAAGACAGCGGAAACAGAAGCUGAUGUGGGAGGACGAGGGUGGCGAGGAUUCCGAGAAGCAUGCGAUUGCUGUGGCAGCCGCGACAGCUGUGGUUGCUGAGGCCGCCGUCGCCGCCGCUCAUGCUGCUGCUGCCGUCGUCAGGCUCACGAGCACGAGCGGAAGGUCGACGCGUAGUCCCGUCACGGCGCAUUUCAGCAACGGAUUCGACGACGUUGUGACGCAUGUUAACAGGUUCGACGGACACAGACACGGCCGCGACGGCCGUGAAGAGCUUGCGGCGAUUAAGAUACAAUCUACAUUUCGCGGUUAUUUGGCAAGGAGAGCGUUACGGGCACUCAAGGGAUUGGUCAGGCUUCAAGCUAUAGUCAGAGGCCAUGUUGAACGAAAGAGAAUGUCUGUUCACCUGCGCAGGAUGCACGCUUUGGUUCGAGCUCAGGCUCGUGUCCGUGCCAGUCGAGCUAUUGUCACGCCUGAAUCCUCUUCUUCUCAAUCCAACAACACCAAAUCUUCUCACUUCCAAAAUCCCGGUCCACCAACGCCGGAGAAGCUCGAGCAUUCCAUCUCUUCUCGCAGCUCCAAACUCGGCCAUUCUCAUCUUUUCAAGAGGAACGGUUCUAAGGCUAGCAACAAUAUCAACAGAACGUACUGUGCUCACAGAGAAACAUUCUCAGCUAUGGACGAAGAAGAAAAGAUCCUUCAAAUCGACAGGAAACACAACACUUCGUACACAAGACGCAACAGACCGGACAUGUUCUACUCAUCCCACCUCGUCCUAGACAACGCAGGCAGGUCUGAACCAGUUUACUCCGUGCCUUUUAGCCCGUCCUCGUCACAUGAAGAGACCGUGAGCCAGUUCUGCACAGCAGAGAACAGUCCUCAGCUAUACUCAGCCACUUCUAGAAGCAAACGCAGUGGUUGCACGGCUAGUUCUAUUGCGCCGAGUGAUUGCACCAAAAGCUGCUGCUAUGCGGACUAUCCAAGCUACAUGGCUUGUACACAGUCCUCUAGGGCCAAGGCCCGGUCUGCUAGUGCCCCGAAGUCGCGACCGCAGUUAUACUACGAGCAGUCUUCGUCGAAACGGUUUGGAUUUGUUGAUGUGCCAUACUGUGGUGAUACGAGGUCUGGUCCGCAGAAAGGUUCGGCUCUGCACGCUAGUUUUAUGAACAAGGCUUAUCCCGGUUCAGGUCGGUUGGACCGGCUCGGGAUGCCAAUCGGGUAUAGGUACUGAGAAAAGCUCUUGGAACGGUUUGGUCUAUUUGGUUCGGGAUGUGAUAGUAAAUUAGUAAUCAAAUGUAGAAGUGCAGAACUGGUUGAACCCGGUUUUUGUUGUAGAUCAGUGGAUUAAGCUUUUGCAGUUAAUUUUCGUGGUACUUUGUAGUAGUUUGGAGUAAGUGGACUAAAUCUAAAAUGCAAAUAUAACUUGCUUAAAUUACAGUGUUGAGUUUAUCAUUAUUA